AUGAAAAAUUAUAUUAAAGAACAGGUCAAUCUUUUGGUAUCUAGAAUUCAUGACGAUUUUUUGAGACAAGAGAAAAAGUUGAGCAAAUUAGAAGCUAUUGUCACGGACAAAUCGUAUUAUUUCAAUCUACCAUUCGAAAGUGACACUGUCUUCGAUAGAAAAGACCAAAUUUAUAAAUCAAACAAAUACGGAUUCAAAGCAGAAAUAAAAGUGGGUUCUCUCGCAUACGGAGAACCUAAAAACGUAUUCGAUAUCGGCGAAACGCAAGAGUUUUCUUUUCGAGGUAAUUGUCUGAUUCAAAUAGAGUUUCCCAUGAAGGUUAAAGUCAAUAAAGUAGUCUUCAAACAAACCGGUAAGGCCGUCAAACAUAUUUCAUUAUUCAAUGAUGGUAAUUUGGAGGAGAAUAUACGUUUGAUUGAUAAAAGGGAUCAGGAAAUUGAAACGAAAAAUGGUAAAUAUGUAGACACCUUUAAAAUGGAAGUAGAAAAUGAUAAGGAUAUCAUUGGAAUCAAAGAUUUGGAUAUGAUAUUGGAGACGGAAAAUCCACCAUCAACCAACAUUGACAAAAUUCCACCACGCUUACACAAACACGGAAAAAUAGAAUCGAGCAGUCACGAGUUUUUACGAACAACAGACUUUGAAUACGUAAAACUAUAUUUCGCUUUAGGUGAAAAAUACACCUCUAUCGAUGUUCAUAAAAGUCAACAAGAACGAGAGUUUAUAGUACAUUUAUCGUUUGCCGAAGGUUCCGACUCCAUCCUUCAUGCUGGUGGUUAUAUUUUUAGAGCCAAGAUAAACAUCGAAAAAGAAAAAAUAGAAUAUUCCUAUCAUCUUAAAGAGGACCAUACGAAAAAAGAAAUGUCGUUAGUACGCGUAAAUGUUUUUCCUUUUAAUACCCGAAUAUUUAAGAAUACUAGGCCAAACGACCACGCUCUAUGGGAUAUUCCGUGGUUCUAUUUAUCGGAAAUUCACUUAAUUUAA